GUCCCGGGGCCGCUCUCGCUGAGGCGGGUUCGGGUUCGGGGGGGGGAUAUGAUUCUGGUGCGGAGCGGCCUGUACAUCGGGGGCCUGGACGCCGUGAGCGAGCCGCGGGCGCUGUGGGAGGCGGGCGUCUCGCACGUGCUGUCGGUGGACUCGCGGCCGCCGCCGCCGCUCCCGGGCGUCGCUCGCACCGAGUUCGUGGAGGCCCCGGACGAGGCCGGCGCCGACCUGCUGAGCCGCCUGGACCGGUGCGUGCGCUUCGUGCAGGAGGCGAAGGCGAGCGAGGCCGUGCUGGUGCACUGUCAUGCAGGAGUCAGUCGAAGUGCAGCUGUGGUUACGGCAUUUAUUAUGAAAACUGAUCAGGUGCCCUUUGAAGAAGCGUAUAUUAAACUCCAGGCCGUUAAACCAGACAUCAAGAUAAAUGAGGAGUUUGUGAAUCAGCUGAAAUUGUAUGAAGCAAUGGGCUGUGAGGUCGAUAUAACUAGUGCCAUUUACAAACAGUAUCGACUGCAGAAGGUCACUGAGAAGUACCCAGAGCUAAGGAAUUUACCUCGAGAAGUAUUUGCGUUAGACCCGACAAGGCUAGGCAAAACGAACGAAGAUCUCUACAGAUGCAGAAAGUGUAGUCGCUCUUUAUUUCGUGGCUCGAGUGUUUUGAGUCACGAGUCUGGGAACGGACCGACAGCCUUUGCGCACAAGAGGACAGCACAGACCGCGGGAGGCAUUCACACCAACUGUACGUCAUAUUUUAUUGAGCCUGUGCAGUGGAUGGAACCUGCACUACUUGGGGUUUUGGACGGACAGCUGCUUUGCCCAAAAUGCAACUCCAAAUUGGGUUCCUUCAAUUGGUACGGGGAGAGAUGUUCCUGUGCUCGCUGGGUGACUCCUGCCUUCCAGAUCCAUAAAAAUCGCGUGGAUGAAGUCAAGCUCUUACAUUUACCCAGCGUGAGAAAUACGAAUAGUUGAAAGACAGAACAUGUGUGAGUGUACGUUGAAAAAGGACAGACUCCAGCCAUCUGAACCACAGCUGAGCCACAGAGAACAUUCAAGCUAAACAAUGGUACAGUGUAACACAGCAACACAUUAGUAAUCCCUGUUGGGCCAAUUAAGACUGUGUGUGCAGGCAUUUGUUUUGGAAGUUGCCUUGGUUUGAACCAUCUUACUGUGAAAUGCAUCAAAAAUGAUUUAAUACAUCAAGCGUGGGGUCAGACCACAUAUCUUUAAAGCAGUUCUAGUCUGGUAUCAUUCCUGACUUAACAUGAGUAGUUAAGAUAUAUGACCAGCCAGUAUUUUUUUGUGAGGUUGUCUAUGUCACUAAACUGUUUUGUGACUAAUAAUGGUCAAAGCUUCCUCAUUAAUAGAAUUAUUCAGACAAGUGAUAAGUACUUUGAGUCAAUUUUCAUAGGCCUGAUACGUUUCCAUUUCAUCUCGGCGGCUCCGGCUCUCUAUAUAUUUGUCAGCACCAGCUACGCUUUCACAUCAUCAAAUCAGGAGUGGCAGCUGUAUGGAAUAUGACACUUCAGAUGGAGCAUUGAGGCUUGGUCUUAUCCCUCACCCCAGCUGGUAAUGAAAUGACUGAAAUUGCCAUUGUACCAACAGAUGAUAUGCAAUGUAUUCUAUCCUAACAGAUUCCUCACUGGUUAAAUGCUUGGAUCCAACACAGAAGAUUUCUUGGAUGAAAUAAUGAAUCAAAAGUGUCCUAGCACAUUGAAGAGUUUUGUAGUUGUGUGUUUAAUUGUGCAAUUAUAGAGUUCAUUGUCUUGUGUGAAAUCUGACAAUAUUGUUGCCCAAUGUUACUGGUACAGCAUUACUGCAUUUACCAAUGUUUUUUUUAAAAAAACGAGCUGAAAUCUUGCAGGCUUGCGGUGAAGUCUGUUGUUUUUAUGUCAGUCCAGUGUUGUUCAAACUUGUCUACGAAUUGGAUUUUAUUUCUCGAUUAGGCCAGAAAAAAAAGUUAAAGGAGAAUCCUUCUCAAUAAUAAUAAAUAAUACUUGCAUUUGAUAUAGUGCCUUAUCACGCCAUUGAGAUGUCUUAAAGCGUUUUACAGGAUAUGUGUGUAUUUCAAAUGAAUGCUCAUUACUUUGUAAUUUAAUGGUUUGAUUUCAAAAAGUGGACGUGUGAUUUUUGUAUGUGCAGUCUGUUUCUUUGGCCUUAUAUAUGUUUGCAACCAGGCAAGAUUUCAGCCAGCUCAGUUUUUCUAACAAACUCCUCCCUCAGAGGAGAAGCAGAUACCUAAUGAGAAGUUAUUUUAAAUUUACUCAGAAAUCUAUUACCUCAAUGGAAAUUAUUUUAAAUUCAAUUCACAAUAAAGCCCUUUCAGCUCGAGGGUAUCUUAAAGAUAUCAACUCUCUAAACCUUGGGCAAGUUUCUUUACUCAUUACUGUUUAGCUAGCAAUAAGCAGAUUGCUUUCCGGAGGUAGUAAUUUAGUUUUAAAAAAAUUUGGUCAUUCACCCCAUGACUUUGUGGGACAUUGCUGCGCCCGUUUGGCUGCUGCAUUUCACCCACAAAAUACAGUCAAUCCACUUUACAAUAUAUCCUGUGAACCACUAUGAGAAGUCUCAACGAUGUGAAAAGGCGCAAUAUCAAAUGUAAGGAUUAUCUUUAUUACUUCAUUUUCUUAUGAUUUUCUCUUUACAGCAUAAAGCUGUUUCUUAAAUAGGUCCAGUGUCCUGGCUUCGAUCUCUCUUCCUGGUAACCCCGUUCUGGCUAUUGAUUACCCACUGCAAUACUUUCUGGUUUCGUGCUAAAUUUGACUCAUAACCCACGCGCCUCAAUGUCUAGAUCUUGAAAUCUCAGCUUGUUCAUAUCUUUCUACAAUAAUUAAUAGUUGGCUAUUUGCUUUCAAUAGUCUUGACGCAAGUCAAGAGCUGGUUCCUUCUGAUAAUAAAAAAGUUAGUCUUGUAUUUUCCAGACUGUAGCCCAGAAUAUCCACUUCAACCACAUUAACAGUGAAAUAUACAACUGUGCCAAUUACGCAAAGGCAGUGACACAUUUGUUCUCUUUCUAUCAGUCACUAACUUCCUUGAUGUUCUGUUGCUGCAGGAGCUGAUAAAACUGCCCCAAUAUGUAGUCCUCUUUUGCGCAAUGCUCAGCAAACUGCGUCACUGCUUUCUGAUUCACUGCAUUUACAGGCAAUGUCUGUAAGAUUGUAAUACAAUGUCUGUUGUAUUCAUUGUAUAUUAAAUAUUCAUUGUAUAUUAAAAGGGACUCAAGUUAACAAGGUGUUGGGGAUCAGCUUGGUGACUAAUUGCUUGUUCUCCCCACUUUGGUUUAGAAGGUUUGUAUCAUUCAGGCCAGAAGAUUCCAGGUUUGAAUCCCAGUCUGCAUUGAGUUUGAUGAUCUUAACUGGACAGCAGUUGAGGUUAAAUAAUAAUAAUAAUCCUUGUAAUAAUAAUUCUUGCAUUUGAUAUAGCACCUUAUCACUAUAGAUAUUGAGCGAGGACCGGAUUGGAGACCUGCCAUAGUCAAAUAAUAAUAAUAAUAUCACUUGCCAGCUCUCAUGUCUUGGCUCAGAGUGAGGUCAUCCAUUCAAGUGAGGUCAUCAAAAUUCCUCUGAUAAAGAGGAGGGGAGAAAAUUGGAGGAACAAAUAUUGUUGCAGGAAAGGCAAAUAUUUUUCCUCCACUCCACGAAAACAGGAACUUCCCACCUGUUAUUUGAGUGGGAAGCGAACUGACAGGAAUGCAAUGAAAGUUAGAAUAGUAACCGGUGGAUUUUUUUUUACAAAAUAACAAACUAUUGCAUCCAGAGCAAUUAUUUUAUUGAACAUCACCGUACAUUGUAAUAAAUUUGCACGAACCCAACUUGGAUAAGGUGCUGAAAAUUAAUUAUUGGAAUGGUGUUUACAAUCUGAAAGGUACAUCAAUUGCUAUAUCCUAGCAACAUUACUUUGUCACUAAUGUGCAUAGGAACAGAAUGGGUAAUACCAAAUAUAACUAGCAUUCGUUGGUCUAAUAUGUGGAGUUUUGUGAUAAAUAUGGGCCCUUGAUCACUGUUUUCACCUUUUACUUAUUAAAGGAGUUUGUUGGAAUACAA